GAUAUUUCCACGAAAUCGGAUCAGAUCUCUUUUCUCAUUUUUUUUAUCUAAUUCAUUAAAUCUUCAUUAAUUUAUUAAAAAUGUUAAAAUUUGACAAAAAUUGAGAUCAGCCAAUUAAAUCAACUUCUCAACAAUCGCAUCGAAAGUAAUUUUCAGUCGUGUUUCAACUCACAUCUCUGAUAUCAAAUAUUCAAGAUGAACUUAAUUUUUAUCUGUGGCUUCAUUUUUCAUAUGAUAAGUUUAACUACCUCCGACUUACCUGACACAAUUAAAAUCGGAGCCAUUAUUAGACCUGGAGACGAUGAUUUAGAGUUAGCAUUUAAACACGCGGUUUGGAUCAACAAUAUUGGUCUUCAAGGGUCAAAGAUUGAAGCUCAUGUUGAACAUGUCGACCUCAGUGACAGUUUGAGCACUGCAAAUGCAGCUUGUCGUUUGUUAGAUUCUGGUGUUUGGGCCAUUAUUUAUCCAUAUUCGGGUGUAAAUGCUUGGAUAAUCAGAUCGAUAACUGACCGACUUGGUGUUCCUUUACUUCACACAGCACCGGAUUAUCCUUACACAAUUAAAUCAUUCGUCCAUCAACCAUAUAUACCAGAUUAUUCAAUUUCUCUUUAUCCUGAUCUCAAGAAGAUGAACAAAGCCAUUUUAGAUUAUGUUGUUGAUAACAGUGAAUGGAAAUCAUUCAGUUUAAUAUUUGACUCUAAUGAAAAUUUAAUUAAGAUCAAAGAUGCUCUGGCGAUGACCACAAAAUAUGAGAAUAGCUUGUUGAUCAAAGUGAGAGAAUAUAAAUUUGAACAAUCAAAUCCGCCAGAAACUUUAUUCAAAAGUGUCAUGAAAAAUCGUGACUCAAAUUUCAUCGUCAGUGUGAAUAGCGAAAAUUAUGAGAUUGUCCUAGAGAAGCUUAAAUCAUUUUCCCUGCUCGAUUUUUACUACAGUUACAUGUUUAACGAUUUGGAUUUACAAUUUUGGAAUCUGAGUGAUCCUGAACUAAUCGCUUUCAAUAUCACGGGAUUUAGAAUGUUCGAUGCGUUUGAUGGAAGAAUCAAAAUGCGUUAUAAUGCCCAAGAAUGGAAAACUGGUCGAUAUGAUUCUUCGACAGAGGAAGUCAAAUUAACGGUUGACAAAGCUUUGAUCUACGAUGCUGUUGCUUUAUUUACUCGAUCUCUUGUCGGAUUGUCCGAGAUAACUGAUCAAAUCUUUGCUCCAUCAGUUUCAUGUGGUCUCAAUGAUACCUGGAUUUUAGGUUCAUCGUUGGUCAAUCAAAUGAAAAAGGUUGGGGUGACAGGAUUAACUGGAUUAUUAACUUUUGAUGAACAAGGUUAUCGAGAAAAAUUAUUCUUAUCAAUAAUCCGACUCAAAGAAGGUCAAUGGUUGGAGAUUGGUUCAUGGAGUUCGGAUUCUGGGAUCAAUAUAACCACUGAAGUUCAAGCAGAAGAAAAAAGUGCUAUUGAGUAUUUGAAAACAACAAAACUGAAGUUAAUUGUUGUUGAGAAUAUCCCUUAUGUAAUGAAGAAGCCCGAUUAUGUAAAUAUCACUGGCGAUGAAUUUGAUAAAUAUGAAGGAUUUUGUAUCGAUUUGCUUAGACAAAUACAAGAAGAUCUUUUAAUUUCUGGUUAUGAAUUAACUAUUUACACAGGAAAAGGUUACGGAAGUAAAAAUAAAAAGAACGGAACUUGGUCUGGAUUAAUUGGUGAAAUGUUGGAUAAAAAUCAUGAUCUGGCUACAACAGACUUGACGAUUACCCACGAAAGACAAACGGGUGUUGACUUUACGAUUCCAUUUAUCACUCUGGGAAUAUCGAUUUUACAUAGUAAACCUCGAGCUCCGCCUUUGAACCUUUGGGCUUUUCUCGAUCCUUUUUCGCUCGAAGUUUGGUUAUACACCGCAACGGCUUUUAUCGGUGUCAGUCUUUUAAUGUAUAUUGUUGCUCGAUUGAGUCCGAAUGAAUGGCUUAAUGAUCAUCCAUGUGACGGUGAACCAGAAGAGUUGACGAAUACAUUUUCAAUUGGAAAUUGUUUGUGGUUCAGUUUAGGAUCUAUUAUGCAACAAGGCUCAGAUUUGGGUCCAAAGUCAAUUUCAACUCGAUUAGUGGCUUCAGCUUGGUCUUUUUUCACUCUGAUUAUGGUCUCUUCUUAUACUGCUAAUUUAGCUGCUUUUCUUACAGUCGCAAGAAUGGAAGCUCCGAUUGAAAAUGCUGAAGAUCUUGCGAUGCAAUCGAAAGUUGCUUAUGGCUGCUUGAAAACGGGGUCAACGAAGAAGUUUUUCCAGAAUUCAACAUACACUACCUACCAGCGCAUGUAUGCAUUCAUGGAAUCAGGUGACCCUCCCGUUUAUACAGAGACGAACACUGAUGGGGUGCGUCGAGUGCUCAAGGGAAAUUAUGCCUUCCUAAUGGAAUCACUAUCAAUAAUGUAUAAUGUAAAUCGUUAUUGUAAUUUAACUCAAGUUGGUGAACUUUUAGAUCAAAAAGGUUAUGGAAUCGCCAUGAGACCAGGAUCGCCCUUUAGAACCAUUUUUUCUAAUGAGAUUCUCAGGCUUCAAGAACAAGGUCGUAUUGAUGCACUGAGAAAAACUUGGUUCGAAGAUUAUCCAAAUGAGAUUCGAGCUUUGGAGAGCCCAGAAGAAGCAGAGUGUCCACCCGAAGUUCUUGAUUCAGCAACAAGUGCUCUGGAUGUUGCUAAUGUGGGUGGUGUUUUUAUCGUAUUAGUCUGUGGAAUAGCGAUUGGCGCUUUGUUCGUGGGGAUUGAGUUCGUUUGGAAGGCGAAAAAAGUUUCUCGUCAUGAAAGGGAACAUACGUUCAGGAUGAUGGUGAAAACUCUUUGGGACAUUUGCAAAGGCAGAAACACAACAUUCAUUGAAUUUCGUAAAAAGUCAACUUCUGAUGGGACUCAAAGUAUCGGAACGGAAAUGGGACAACGUGGUAAUCGAAUUAACAACGUUAGUCGACAAGUUUCCAAAGUGGAAAGUAACAGAAUAUCUAACGGCUGAAAAUCGAACUUUCUUAUUAAAAUUUGAUACGAAAAUUAAAUCACAAGAACGAUAAUCCAAUUCAAUAAAAUUAAGAUAUUUAAAAAAAGAAAUAAAUUAUCAUAAAAAAAUGAAGAUGAACAGGUAACUCCUUCUUCAAGUCUCUUCCUUUGAGAUUCCAGAUUAAUACAUCAAAUAUCAGCUUCCAUUCAAUAAAAGUGAAACGAUAAUAAUUACGAAAGAUAAAUACACUUAUUUAGAAAAUAAUAGCACAACAAUUAACUAAUAUAAAGAUUCGAAGACUAAUUGAUGAAAGAAGCAAAACUAAUUUACAAAUGAACAAAUUACAAAA